CCGGGAGCCAUUAGGUCAGACUGCCACCUUAUAGCUGUCCCAGGAGCCACGCUGGCAGUUGGAGUUGGUGCCCAUGAAGGAUGAGGAAGGCCAGGCUCUGGGGGCUGCUGUGGACGUCCUUCAUCUUAGAACUCCAAGGUGCGCCCAGAUCAGAGGAGAUAAAGUAUACUCGGACGGAGGGCCAGAGCCUGAGUGAGAGCUGUCCCUUCAAUGUGAUGAAGUACUUCAGCAUCCGGAAGGCGUGGCAGAGGCUGGGCGACAGAGGGGAGAUCCAGACACUGGCAAUAACAGACAGGGUCUCCGGGCAGAGCUCCAAAGUCCAUGUGGACAGGUGCUCCCUAGAAGACAUCCCCACUGAAGGCAUACUGCAUGUCCAUAUGACCGACCUGCGAGUGGAGGACUCGGGACUGUAUCAGUGUGUGAUCUACCAGCCUCCCAAGGCCCCCGUCCUGUUGCACCAUCCCAUACGCCUGGUGGUGACAAAGGAUCCUGCCCAGGAUUUGGCUCAGAGGUCCACUCUUCCUCCUGUUACCACCAAGGCCCGGGUCAAGACUCGUACCAACCCCAGUCCUGUGACCCAGCUGCCGGCCUCGGAGUCAACUGCUGGCCUCGGAGUCAACCCCACACACGGGACAGAUGUCCUCAGUAUGGAGCCCAGCAAACUUACCGGAAUAGCACAGAAGACAGACAACAUUAAAAACAUGUACUUGCCCCUUGGCUGUUUUGGCUCAGUGGAUAGAGAGUUGGCCUGUGGACUGAAGGUCCCAGGUUCGAUUCCGGUCAAGGGCAUGUACCUUGGUUGAAGGCACAUCCCCAGUGGGGUGUGUGCAGGGGGGAGCUAAUCGAUGUCUCUAUCUCAUCGAUGUUUCUAACUCUCUAUCCCUCUCCCUUCCUCUCUGUAAAAAAUCAAUAAAAAUAUAUUUAAAAAACCAAACAAAACAUCUACUUUCAUGUAGGACAACUAAGGUAGAAAAGUAUAGUGAAUGGAUGGAAUCUACUGUUUGAUAAAAAUGCUACAAACACCAUUUCGUUGCCAUCAAUAAGGAAUUAACUUGUUUUUUUAAAAAAAUCCAAUUGGUGACAUUGCCUAGAAAAAUUUAACAGGUUUAUUUAUAUUGUUAUAAAGAUGAACUGCUGAAACUUGUUCACGGAAACAUUUGACUUGCAUUCAUGCUUUAUGUCCCCGCAUUUAUAUUAAAAACAUCCACACACAAAUGAAAAUGGAAAAACUGCCAAGUUUCUGUCG